CGGUCUAGUAAUGUGCAGUCUGCUGACACUGGAUGACUGGAAAACGGCAGAGAUGAAGGAGCUAUGGAUUAUGGUUGUCUUUGCUACAGUCUCUUUUCCACAGGGGGAUCUCAUCACAUCCUCUGCCAUUCCAACCACCAUUGACAUAACUAUCCCAACUCUUGGUGACCCUAUAACCCUAAAUACUACUGGUCUUCCAACUACCAGUCUCCCCACCACCUCCAACACCACAACCCCUCCUCUGGUCUGUAUAAAUGGUGGUGAGCUGCUGAGUGGAGACUGUAUCUGCCCUGAUGAGUGGACCGGAGAGACCUGUUCAGAGGGGAAUUUCUGCAAUUCCACCAUCAUUGGUGAUUUUUCCUUCCCAAGAACAAUGGUUGACUGGUCUGCUUAUUCAGAAGAAUUGUGUGAUGAGAAUACAACCAGUGCCGGUUUACCAAAAGCCUUAGCAGAAUGUUCAUAUGACACUGGAUCUCCAAUGUUUGGUCCUCCUCAUGAACUGCAGUGUGAAUUAACCCUCAGUGACAUUCUAGGAAAUAUCUCCAGCAAUUCAGGUGGUUUAUUACAGUUGGCCUUCAGUACUCAGAUCCUAACCUCCCGUCCAAAGCGGCUAUCAGCUGACAACAUCACCACAGCAGCAGAGAUAGCUAACACACUGCUUCAGUCUGCAAAUAUCACAGAGGACAUCGCAGUGGCAGCUGUAACCACCAUCAGUCAGCUGCUCAAUGCCAGUGAGGAGAGUACACAGGAGAGAGACGCUGUCCAAAACCUCACAGAGACCCUAGAGAUGUUUUCCCUGGACCAGAGCAAUAAUGUGUCCUCGGUGGUUCAGCCCAACCUGGUAGUCCAGUCUGUCCAAGUACCAAGUGACUCAGUAGGGAUCCAGUUUACUGCUCUGACUGGAAGAUCUGGUAAUUUUGUGGCCAACAGAAUUCAUCUCAACAACAAUACCUCUAAACUGAUAGCUGACAAAGGACGUUCUACCGAUGUCCAGAUUGUUAUCAAAUUCCCACCAGUUUUGCAUAGUAAAACCACAAGCCACUCCAUUGGUUUUGUGCUCUACCAAAAUGACCGGUUCUUCAGGUCCAGGGCUUUCAGAGCUUCUCCAGGAACCAGCAGAAGGGUCAUCUCUGCUAACCUGGGAGAAGUGUCUGCGUUACAUGUUGAGAUGCUCUUCAAGCCCACAGCUGUUUCCAACGCCUCCCUCUAUGACUUUGCCUGCGUGUCAUGGAACUACACGUUGAAAGACUGGAGCACCUUUGGCUGCUCCAAAGUCAACCACUCAGCAGACGGCCUGCGAUGUUUCUGUAAUCACACCACUAACUUCGCUGUGCUGAUGUCGUUCAGGAGGGACUUUAAAUACGCUGAUGAGCUACACUCGAUCACCAUAUUGGGAUGUUCCAUAUCCAUCAUUGGGUUGAGUUUAACAAUAACAUUCCAGAUCGCAACCAGGAAAUCACGCAAAACCAACCCAACGGUCCUCUUAGUGAGCAUCUGCGUGUGUCUCCUGAUCUUCACCCUCCUCUUCAUGUUGGGAGUGGACAACCCUCAUAAACAGCUGGGCAAACCUAAAAUACAGGAGGACAACAUUCUCCCCCCGUCCGACACACACACAGAGCGGGACAGAGGGCCCUGUACUGCAGUGGCAGUCCUGCUGCAGUACUUCCUGUUGGGGACGUUCACCUGGAACACGCUGUACGCCACACAUGUCUUCCUAAUGAUCAGAAACAGCCUGGCCACCAGCCCGUCACACUUCACAGCCUAUACAAUGGCCAUCGGAUGGGGACUGCCUGCAGUUGUGGUGGCCCUCACCUUAGGAAUUAGUUACAGAGUGGAUGAUCCACUGGGAUACAGGCAGGAGGAAUUCUGCUGGCUUGCUGCCCUCGAUCCAAAGGGGAACUUUGACUUCAAGCUGCCAAUGUUUUGGGGGUUCCUGAUACCUGUGGCGUUCAUGCUUAUCUUCAACACAGUGGUGUUGGUAUGUUUUACAGUUACAACAGCCAAGACCAACCCACAUUUAACCAGUACAAGACACACAUCGAUGAAGAAGAAGUUCCUCAGUAGCUUCUCUCUGGCUGUGGUGCUCGGUCUCUCCUGGAUCCUGGGCUAUCUGUUGCUCAUUCCACAGAACCAGACCAUGUACACCAUACUCAACAUCUCCUUCUGUGUUCUCACCACCACUCAGGGAUUGCAGAUUUUCAUUCUGUUCACAGCAAGAACAGCAAUUGUCAAGAAAAAGAUGUCAAGUACUUUGAAAUCUAUCUCUAGUUUUGGGAUCCCUCUUCACACUAGGAAGUUCAGUCUAUGGCGAGGCGAGCACAGUUAUAACGUAGAAUCAUACACACAACAGGACACUGAUCUGUCAUUUUCACCUUGUUCCACAGACAUCUAACUGAUGGGCUGCAAGUUCAACCUCUGUUGUAAAAUAUCUCAUAUACCUCCACUAUUGUCCUAUAAUAUACAGUAUAAUACACACAACAUUUUGUAUCGACGUAUAUUCACUGUGAAUUCCCUUAGAAGUUGUGUUGUCCAAUGAACUAUCAAAAUAAAGGAAGUCACACACUGCAUGCAUAAUCUCCCAACAAUUUAAUGGGUAUUUACCAACGUUUCGGCAUCACUGUGCCUCCCUUCAACCUGUUGUAAAAUGUUUUAUGUACCACACUAUUGUCAUAUAAUAUACAGUAUAAUACACACCAUUUUCUAUCAAUGUAUUGUUACUGUGAAUUCCCUCAGAAGUUGUUGCCCAAGGAUUUUUUUGG